AUCCAUCUGGUGGGAAACCCUACCAAAACCUCUGAAGAGAGAGGAUUUUGGUUAAGACCUCUUUCUCGUCCUUCCUUCAAUGGCGAAAACGUCCGCAGCGGGAUUUUUGUCGGCCAUAGCUGCCGCCACUGCUGCAUCUCUGAAUCAGAACAAUGCUUAUGCAGAUGGGGUUUUACCACCGAAUCCUUCCGAAGUUCAACCUUCUCCGGCGCCGCCUAAGGUUCGAAACGAUCAUCCAAGGACCACUUCUGCAGGGUUUGAUCCAGAGGCCCUCGAGAGAGGGGUCAAGGCUCUCAGGGAAAUUUCUAAAUCACCCCAUGGCAAAAAGGUCUUUGAAGUUAUAAAAAAGCAAGAGGAGACAAAACAAACUGAACUUGCUGCUAAGGUUGCUGAGUUUAGGCAAAUGAAAGCACAGCAUGAGACUGAAAGACAAAGGAUUAUAUACGACGAACAAAAAAAGCUGGCUCAGCAUCAGGCACAAACAAAAUCCCAAAUGGCCAAAUAUGAGGAUGAGUUGGCGAGGAAGAGGAUGCAGGCAGAAAAUGAAUACCAUCGAGCCAGGAAUCAAGAACUAGUGAAACUGCAAGAGGAAUCAUCAAUCAGACAGGAGCAAGCUCGACGUGCAACAGAAGAACAAAUUCAAGCUCAAAGAAGGCAAACUGAAAGAGAGAAGGCUGAGAUUGAACGUGAAACAAUCAGAGUAAGGGCUAUGGCAGAAGCCGAAGGAAGAGCACACGAAGCAAAGCUAGCAGAAGAUGUUAACAGGCGAAUGCUGGUUGAUCGUGCUAAUGCUGAACGAGAAAAAUGGGUUGCUGCCAUAAAUACUACUUUUGAACAUAUCGGAGGGGGGUUAAGAGCCAUUCUAACAGAUCAAAAUAAGUUGGUUGUAGCAGUUGGUGGAGUGACUGCUCUGGCAGCAGGGGUCUACACUACAAGGGAAGGUGCUCGGGUAAUUUGGGGAUAUAUUGAUAGAAUAUUGGGACAACCAUCAUUGAUCCGAGAGUCCUCCAGAGGGAAAUACCCCUGGUCUGGCAUGUUUUCUCGUGCCAUGGGCUCCCUAUCACGACGUACUGAUCCAGGAUCUUCUUCGAAAAAUGGAAAUGGUUUUGGUGAUGUGAUUUUGCAUCCUUCUCUUCAAAAAAGAAUUCAGCAGCUGUCAUCUGCAACUGCAAAUACAAAAGCACAUCAAGCGCCAUUCAGAAACAUGCUUUUUUAUGGCCCUCCUGGAACAGGAAAGACAAUGGCUGCUAGGGAGUUAGCUCGUAAAUCUGGAUUAGAUUAUGCAUUAAUGACUGGAGGUGAUGUUGCUCCACUGGGAUCACAGGCUGUAACAAAGAUACACCAGUUGUUCGAUUGGGCUAAGAAAUCAAAUAAGGGUUUAUUGCUUUUCAUUGACGAAGCUGAUGCAUUUCUGUGCGAGCGGAACAAGACUUACAUGAGUGAAGCUCAAAGAAGUGCAUUAAAUGCCCUUCUCUACCGAACUGGUGACCAGUCUAAAGACAUAGUCCUUGCUCUUGCCACAAAUCGUCCUGGUGAUCUUGAUUCAGCUGUUGCAGACAGAAUCGAUGAAGUCCUAGAAUUUCCCUUGCCUGGGGAAGAGGAGCGUUUCAAACUUCUUAAGCUCUAUCUGGAUAAGUACAUAGCCCAAGCUGGAUCAGGAAAAUCUGGUUUUGUUAAAGAUUUGUUCAAAGAAAAACCUCAACAAAUAGAAAUUAAGGGAUUGACUGAUGAUAUCAUAAAGGAAGCUGCUGCUAAAACUGAGGGAUUUUCUGGAAGAGAAAUAGCAAAACUGAUGGCAAGUGUCCAAGCUGCUGUAUAUGGAAGUGAAAAUUGUGUGCUUGAUCCAAGCUUGUUCCGUGAAGUGGUAGAUUAUAAAGUUGCAGAGCAUCAACAGAGAAGAAAAUUGGCAGCUGGUGAUAAACCUAUGGCAUGAGGAUUUUUAUAGAUUUUGUCAGGAACCCUUAUAAUGUAGGGCGGGCCCAUUGCAUUCUGUUAUUUAUUGAUUUCCCUAAUUGAUGGGAAGAUUUUGGAAUUUGAAUUUAGUAGUGUUUCAUUUACGGCUGAUAAUCACUAUUCAAUAUUCAUCACUAAAUGUAGCAGCUAAUUGAGGGUUUUCUAUCACGUUGAAUAUUCCUUUUUCCCUUGACCACUGACAAUAAACUAGAGUUCCAUGCUAUCAUUGGAACUCACGUGCUGUAUUUCUUGAAAAACCAUAUCAGACUACCCUACUGUGGUCGAGGAGAGGCUCUAUUUUCCUGUGUAGUUUGUUUAUAUAGUACUAAUUACAAUAAUAUAUUUUGUGGGUUUCAAUA